AUGGAUUGUCGCCAGGGUGAUCCGGUUUUGGGUAUGAGGUUAUGCUACCACAUUGAUCAGGUUGGCCAUGGGAAGGCCAACGGCCCAUUGCUAGCCGCCAAGCCGGCGCAGGUUCCAGCGCCAGCUACUUUGAGGAUCACUGAUGGGAGACCUGUUAAGGCCGAGCCUCCGAAGGCUCAAGGGUGUGCUUUCCAGCUUACGACAGAGGAGGCCAAAGCAGCACCAGAUGUGGGGGCAAGUCGGUCUUUCGUUUCUCAGACGUUUAGUAGGGGAUUUGGUGUGCCAGUUGGUGAGCUAGAGUGUCCAUUGAGAGCUUCUAUUGCCAACGAACACGGAGUUUAUGCUUCUUCGGUCUACCGAGGAUGCCAGUUGGAGAUCUUCGAAGUGGUCUUUCCGAUAGAUUUGAUUGUGAUUCGCAUGUGGGAAGUAAGUGUGAUUGUGGGUAUGGAUUGGCUUAGUCAUUUCGGUGCCAUGAUAGAUUAUGAGGGCCAGCAAGCGGUAGUUCGAGCCGCAAGUGGGGGAGCACUGAUUAUAUAUGGCGAGGGCACCAGAACGGGGUCAGGGUUCUGUUCAGAAGCCAGAGCUCGACAGUAUAUUCAGCAUCGAUGUGCGGGUUACUUAGCUUACGUGGUGGAUAUGCAGGUUGGAGACCAAACUUCAGUUUCAGAGGUUCCAGUGCUUAAGGAGUUUGCCAACGUGCUUCCGGAGGAGUUACCAGGGAUACAUCCGGAGAGGCGGGUCGAGUUUCGGAUCAACCUGGUGCCGGGUGCGGCUCCUAUUUCCAAGGCGUCGUAUCGUUUGGCGCCACCUGAGAUGUAG